AUAAGCAACUACUGAUAUACAGACAUAGCAGCAACAACCUUUCUGGUGCAAAAAACCAGGAACCAUGUCUCUCUUCUUAUCUUGCUCGCUUCUUGCUUUGGUCCUAAUCGUCACUCUCAAGUUCCUUUUCCAAAGAAGCAGAAAGUUAAGAAACCUUCCACCAGGUCCCAAUGCUCUUCCCAUAAUAGGAAACCUUAACCUCGUCGAACAACCAAUCCACCGUUUUUUUCAGCGCAUGUCCCAAAAAUAUGGAAAAAUCAUUUCCCUCUGGUUCGGCUCUCGGCUCGUGGUUGUUGUUUCCUCACCCUCAGCAUACCAAGAAUGCUUCACCAAACACGACGUUACCUUGGCCAACCGCGUGCGCUCCCUCUCCGGGCAGUACAUCUUCUACGACUGUACCACCGUUGGGUCCUGCUCCCACGGCGAGCACUGGCGUAACCUCCGCCGCAUCACUUCCCUCGACGUCCUCUCCACGCAGCGCGUCCACUCCUUCGCCGGAAUCCGAAGCGACGAAACCAAGCGCCUGAUUCACAGGUUGGCCAGGAACUCCAGUGUGGAUUAUGCGCACAUGGAGAUAACUUCCAUGUUCAGCGACUUGACCUACAACAACAUCAUGAGAAUGAUAUCGGGGAAGAGGUUUUACGGGGAGGAGACUGACAUGCAGAACGUGGAGGAAGCCCGGGAGUUCAGAGAUUGCGUGUCGGAGAUGCUCAAACUCAUGGGCUUAUCUAACAAGGGUGACUACUUGCCUUUCCUGAGGUGGUUCGAUUUCCAGAACCUCGAGAAGCGGUUGAAGAACAUUAGCGACAGGUACGAUACCAUCUUGAACAAGAUCUUGGAUGAGAACCGUAACAGCAAGGAUCGUGAGAAUUCCAUGAUCGACCAUCUCCUCAAACUGCAAGAGACUCAGCCUGAGUAUUACACUGACCAAAUCAUCAAAGGCCUUGCUUUGGCUAUGCUUUUUGGCGGAACAGACUCAUCAACUGGAACUUUGGAGUGGGCUUUAUCUAAUUUGUUGAAUCACCCAGAGGUGUUGAAGAAGGCAAGAGAAGAAUUGGACGCUAUUGUUGGACAAGAUAGAUUGUUGAAUGAAUCAGACCUUCCAAAACUUCCUUACCUUAGGAAGAUCAUUCUUGAGACACUCAGGCUGUAUCCCCCAGCUCCAAUUCUAAUUCCACACGUGGCUUCAGAAGAUAUCACUGUUGAAGGAUACAAUGUCCCGAAAGACUCAAUAGUGAUUGUGAAUGGUUGGGCCAUGCAGAGAGACCCUGAUCAUUGGAAGGAUGCUACAAGCUUUAAACCUGAGAGGUUUGAUGAAGAAGGAGAGGAGAAAAAGUUAGUAGCUUUUGGAAUGGGAAGAAGGGCUUGCCCUGGAGAACCCAUGGCUAUGCAGAGUGUGAGCUACACCAUUGGAUUGUUGAUUCAAUGUUUUGACUGGAAACGAGUGAAUGAUGAAAAGCUUGACAUGACAGAGAACAAUUGGAUCACAUUGUCAAGGCUAAUUCCACUGGAGGCAAUGUGUAAAGCUCGCCCUCUCGCUAAAAGAAUUGGAAGCUUUUAAUUAUAUCUUAUUUGGUUUUAGUUUGAUGAGUUUCAGCCAGCAAGUGGUGGUCGUAUACAUGUCAAAACUAAUAAAGUUUGUUGUAUUUUACUGUCCUAUUUUACAACUGGGUGUGCAUUAGCAUAUAGAGUAUCAAUACUGUAUACAACCCCAGUUUUCUUCAAUAAAUUUCUCUAUUUUCUUUGCAA